GAGGAAAGGGGGCGAAUUUAAACCCUAAAAAUAAUACUAGACAAAACAAUUUAUUCUAUCCCAUUGAAGCGAUUGUCAUCUGGUUGCUACUGCUCAUCAUAUCAAAGAAGAAGCUUUUAACGAAUCUUGAUCAUGCAAUUAGCCAACGAUGCAGUCUAUCAAACUCACUACAAUAUUCUAAAUGUGAAAGAAGACGCAAGCCCUGAAGAAAUCCGUGCAAGCUAUAAAUCUGCUCUGCUCACUUCCCAUCCUGACAAAUUGCAGCAUACAUCACAAACAAAUGCUGACCAUAAUGAGACACAAACAAGAUUUCUUGAAAUUCAAACGGCUUGGGAAAUUCUAGGAGAUGUAAAAUCACGGGCAUUAUAUGAUAAGGACCUUCGACUUUCUAGACAAGAGGAUGUAAUUGCAGAUGAAGUUGAGUUGGAGAAUAUGACGGUGGAAGCUAGUGGCGAUGUAGUGGAGCUCUUUUAUCAAUGUCGUUGUGGUGAUUACUUCUCGGUUGACUCUUUGGAGUUGGGAGAGAUGGGAUUUCAGUUAUCGACGGAAAAUAACAAAAUAUCUUUAAACGCUCACAAUAGCGUGGAUAUGGCAUCAGUUGUGCUUCCUUGUGGUUCUUGCUCUUUGAAGAUCCGUUUGAUUAUUAAUAGUUGUCCUCAUCCUUAGCAUCGUGGGCAGAGGUGGGAAAACUGACUGGCUGGGUAAAGGGCAAAACAUGUAAACUGUUUUGCACAAGUGGAGCGAAAGUACAUUUUAUCUAGAAUUAUACAACUUUUUAAAAGCUAAUUGUUUGCCCAAUAUGAUUGUAAAUGAUCAUUUUUUAAUACAAAGAUCUAGCUGAUUUUAUUUAUUAAGAUAAUGGACGACUUUCAACCCAUAUACAUUGGUGGUACCCAACUGACUUGUUAGAGAUAUCACCAGUUCUGAAUUGGUCUGUUCUUAAGUAAAUGGCUGGCAAAAUCUACAGUCUUGUUAGUUCUUGAGAAGACAUCAUGAAUUCGAUGAAGUUUUUCAAAGAGGUCGUCGAGUCAACUGCAUGUUACUGUAAUCGCCCGUGAUAUAAGAUAUUAUAUUUGGUUCGUUUUGAAGUUCACAAUGAAAUUAUUAUAAUCCAGGUGUUUGAUUUGAAGUUGUAUAUACUUUUUGUUUGACUUUCAGUAGGACUAGUUCUUUAUCAGUUCCCAUUUCACUUAAUAGCAGAGAAACUGUGACUCAUCUGGUGUGGGCGGCUUAAGGUUAGCUGAAUGAUAACCUUGUUCAUGUAAAAUGCAAGGCUUUUGAUUAGCAA